AUGUCGGCGUUGCUGCCUCGUUCGCCUGCGCCGCCUGUGGACGUACCACCGGGCGCUUCGACGCUGUUGGUAGGUGCUAAUACCCACCUUGCUAUCCAUGUAUCCCAUGAAGGUGCCCAGGACGAACGUACCAUACAUACCAUCCAACUCACAUUGGAAAAGGAAGGCGGUGCCGAGGCCCUGAUCGAUCCGGCCGCUACGAUGCGUGUCGUAGCGCCCUGUGCAGCGUACACACAUCCAUCCCAAGAGCCCAACGAUCACUCACUUUCGACAAGGUCCAAGCGGAUGGCCUUAGUAGACAUGUCUGCGCCCCACACGCUCAGCGCUGCGCAAACGUGGACGUGGAUCUACGUGCUAGUAACGCUAUGGCCUGACCAAGAAUACUUUGUUUGGCGCCGCUCAUCGGCAUUGGACGUGGAAACAGUACUGUCUUGUGGCCUUGCUAUUCCUCACCCGGACAGCUUGCAGACAGGCUCGUGGGCCGAGCAGGGCGAUCUGCUUGUGCCUCGUGCCGCUUUCUGGCAAGGUGCAGGGCCCUUCGUCGCUGGAUCCUGGGUGCCCAUGUUGGACCGCAUAGGCGCUGUAAAUGCGUACCCCAUGCUUCCUAUGACAUACAAGCAUGGCGCUGGUCCAAAUGGUUUGUUGGCCUCUACCCAGCAUCCACUACGCCCUUUGAAGCUGGGCGCCUGGCGUACCAAAGAGACGCCAGAUGUGCCUCUGUACCGCCGGUACAUCCCUGCGCUUCAGCAGACACUGACCUUCCGCCUGGCACGCGCCUCAUGCAAGGAGGAUGUAGAUCUUCUUCACAAAUGGCAUGCUACGGAACGCGUCAACACAGGCUGGCGUCAGGAUAUGCCUUGGGAAGACCAUAAAAAGUACCUGGAAAACCAAGAGGCUAGCAGUGAUUCUGUGGCCUUGAUUGGCGAAUGGGAUGGUGAGCCCUUUGGCUAUGUGGAAAUCUACCAUGUCCAGGAAUCACCGCUACGCAACUUCUUCGAUGCAGGUGCCUAUGACUGUGGUUUCCAUGCGUUGGUCGGAGAAGAAAAGUACCGUGGACCUCACCGCGUGCGUUCCUGGAUGGGCAGUGUGAUCCACCUCCUCUUUCUUCUGGACGCACGUACUAUGCGUGUAGUAAGCGAGCCUCGUGCAAGCAAUACCAAGAUGGUCGAAUACGAGUGCCUUUGCGGUGGCCAUGUGGAAAAGCUCAUUGACCUGCCACACAAACGCGCUGCCCUGGUGUGGAUUCCGCGAGAGCGGUUCUUCCAGCUGUGCCCUAUGGGCCCUUUGAAUACGUAG